AUGAGAAAGGAAAUCUUCUUUAUUAUUGUGCUUCUCAGCAUUACUUUACAAGGUGUUGCUGCCCAGGCUAGACCUAAAACAUGGACUGAAGGACUCGGGGAAUCUUUUUCUUCUGUGUUCGAUAACUUCAACUAUGAAUAUUUCAUCAACAAGAGAAACCUCACUUCUGAUAACUAUGAUGAGAAGAGAGCAGCUCUGAUUAAGGAAGCUAAUGAGGACUACUUCACUUUUGAUGUACCCGAGCUGACUGAGAAGGAACAGAGAGCCAAUGAUAUCAUCCAAGAUCUGAGAGAACAGGUUGUGCAAGGCGACCAUUCUCCUCUGCUUCUUCCUUAUUAUGAAGGAAAGAAGCAGAUAUCUGGGAGUAAUUUACACCAAGCGAUUCGCAAGAUGCCCAAGGGAGCACAUCUCCACCUGCACCCAUCUGCUGCAUAUCCACUUGAUUUGAUGAUUCAACUUACUUAUAAGGAUGAUGCUUACUAUAACAUCAAAGAAAACAGACUGUCAACUUUCCCAAAUAAGGCUGCAGUGGAACCUGGAUUCCACAAAUGCAACUUCCUGAGGAAGAACUGGAAAUUUGGAGGUACUUUUGAUAGCUUCCUCAGAAACAAGAUUUUGCUAACUGAAGAUGAAAUGAAAUCCCAGGAAAGUAGCGAAGUCUGGAAGGGCUUUCAGGCUAAAUUCGGUGUCAUAGGAGACCUCUUCCAAACACCUGAAAAUAUCAGAGCUGGGCUCAUGGAGAUUUGCAAGAGAGCUCUUAAUGACGGAGUUUAUAUUGUAGAAUUUAGGAAAAGUCUUAGCGGCAAUUUUACUAAAAAAUUAGAGAAUUACCAAUACGUCCAAAGAGAAAUGAAGAAGAUAGAUCCUGCCUUUGAGAUCGCUCUUAUUGUUGCUGUUGGUAAGAACAAAGAAGCCAAGAUCAAGAGCCAGCUUGCAGUUUAUAACCAUGUUAGAAAGACUUAUCCUUUCGUUACAGGAUUUGACUUAGUUGGUGAAGAGGAUGCUCUCCCUUCAAUUUAUUCCUUCAAAGAUCUUAUCUUGGAUGCGAUGAACCAAGACGACGAUGAAGAUGAACCAACUGAAAAUGACUUCAAUCUCUUCUUCCAUGCUGGAGAAACUACAGACAGGUAUAACGAAAACCUCUAUGAUGCCAUCUUGCUUGGCACCAAAAGAAUUGGACAUGGGUUCGGUAUUUUGCUCCAUCCAGGACUCAUUGAUAAAGUCAUUGAAGAAGAUAUCGGUAUUGAGAUUUGUCCUAUCAGCAAUCUUGUGCUUGCAUACACACUUGAUAUGAGAUGGCACCCAAUCAGAACCUUGAUGAACAGAGGUGUCUCUGUAGCAAUCAGUUCAGAUGAUCCUACAUUCUUUGACUAUGACAACUUGUCAUUAGAUUUCACUUAUGGAAUCAUUGCUUGGCAGCUAGACUUAAAGGAUCUGAAGCAACUGGCACUAAACUCGAUCAAGGAGAGUUCAAUUCACGAAGAUUUGAAGACUAAGGUGUAUGCUAAGUUCUACAAGGAAUGGGAAAAUUUCAUAGAUACUAUUAACGUAAGUGCUUAAAACCAGCCAUUUCAAUAUAAA